UUGCCGCCAUUGUUACGGAAAUCGAUACACAUCUGUCAAAAUAAGGCGACGAAAGUCGCGGAAAACUGCCAAAAUGACUUGUGAUUUGCCAUGUGUUUCUUACAUGGCACUUUACAUUAUAUCUAUGCAUAUUGUGAACAGCAAUUCGCGUAGCUCUACAGGCUCCAACCACUGGAAACUGAACCCCAUAGAAGGGAAAGUUGUCCAGGCAUCGGACGAAAUGACAGUCCGGGGUACAAAUCAAGACGAAGACGCUCUAAUGGAUAUUUUGACCAACAAGAUUUAUGAAAAUGGAGAAUGGAGAGUUGAAACAAAAGUAGAUAAGAAACUGUCGUGUAGUUCCCCUUCAUGUGAUACUGGAUCGUCAGAUACAACGGGUAUAGAGAAAAAAAUUCCUGCGAAAAGAAAAAAAUUAACAUGUGGGAAGGCAGUAAACACAACACAAUAUGACCACCUGCGGGGAAUAGCCAACAGGAAGGAACAUAACCAUAUACCUGAGCCUGAAGUGGCCAUGAUAUUCAAAAAGAAAGGAAGUCGAACAUCAGAGGUGGAUGUUAAUGAGCUGGAGGAACGUUUAUGGAAAUCAAAAAAAGAGAAGCCAAAUUCUGUACAAGUUUUCAACCAGAUUGGAAAUUUUUGGAGAAUUAAGGGCAACACACAACUCUCCAUUGAAUGUUUUCGUAAAGCUUUAUCAUUAUCACCGAACAACGCCGACGUUUUGUUGAACCUCGCACGAGUUCUUUUUAAUCUUCAAUACCUCGAUGAUGCCAUUUUCCUGACAAGGAGAUCCCUCGUCAUGCAAAGCCCCGAACAGAACUCUUGGUUACAACAUUUCACACUAGGUGAGAUUUUAAAAGCAUACGGACAUUACCAGGAAGCCACACUUCACUGUCAGGCUUUAGAACUAAAUCCUGGAUUCCAGCCUGCACAGGCCCACCUGCGGGAGAUGGAAGGAGCACCCAGUCCUUCUGUCACUCAGUAUACUCUGUUCAUUAUACUAUUCCUCGUGCUGGGAGUGCUCUUUGGGGUCAUAACAUCCAUCGAAGCAAAUUUUGACGAUUGUCCCGAAGUUGUUAAAACACAGCGCCAUUUCAACAGAGCAAUGGCGAUGAGGUCCAUCAAGCUUGGUAUCAACCCACGGCUAAUACGAAUGAGGAAGCUGAACUGCUGAGGAACCCAUGUGUGUUGGGAGAUGGAAGUGGAAGCUGUUGCCAUGGUGAUGGCAACACCAUUGUCUUGGGCACAUUGCUGCAUGUUAGGGUAGAGACAUUUUGCAGUUCCAUAUGAAGUAUUUCGGUACAUAAAUAUUAUAGGAAAAUACAUGCAAAGCAUGGUUUGGUAUAUAUGCUUGUGGAACAAAUCGCGAAUCAACUUAAGAAAAUACUUAUAUGUCUGACUUGAUUGACUAAGCACACCAAACUGUAGUUUUUGAUGAUAUGCUUCACAACGUGACUAGCUGGUUUAUCAUAUAUACUACUCAAGAGUAGUUAAGGAUCAACCAACUGUUGUUGUUUUUUAUCACUGUAGAUUAAUCUGUUGGUGUCAUGGCAUGACAGAUUUACUAUAGUAAUAUGAAAGAUCUGAGUGAUCCCUACUUUUUCUGAAUAGUAUGUAGGGUAUAAGGACUCUCCCUAAUCAACAAGCCCUCAGAUCUAGUAUUUUUCCCCAAGCCUGCAGCAUAUAUCAGUAAAAUUUCCAUAUAUUAGAAUUAAUAUCCUUCCCAGUUCAUGUUGAUAUUGUUAUUACGUAUGUAUUGAUCUUAUAGAUACUUGUUCUAGAUGACAUGGCCAACAAACAUCAUGAAGUGGCUGAGGCUUUAAUGUGUAAUCAGGGAAAGAAACCUUUCAAAAUUUCCUACUGGAACCAGUGAGUGGACAAUAAUUAGCAAACUUCAAACUUUAGUGGUCCUGAUAAAUUUUUACUUCUCAGGGACCACAGGACCAGCGUAAAUUUCGCACACUGUGUAAUAAUGGAGUACCGUGGAUUGGUGAACAUGGUCAAGCAGUAAAUAUGUUAAUAAAACAAACCUGCCAGACAAGGGAGCUUGAUUUGGAAACCAAGAUAAACAAAACAAUUUAUUAGGCUUUCUUCAGGUUUGUAGCACACACACACAACCUUAAUAUUAAUGUAGAACUCUCCCCUGGCUCAUGUGCCCUGUUGCCCAUCUGUUGGUAAGCAUGGUAACGGGUAUUGUUACCUUGAACUCCAGUUUUGGUUAAGACUUUGUGGAAUUAAGUCCAUACUUUGGUAAUUUAUGAUAAACUAAACCAUAUAGCUCAAGCAGAAGCAUCUGUGUCGAUAGUGAUAGCUAGGAAGGGAACAGUUGUCCCGAACCGAUGAUAUGUGUUAAUUUCACACUGGAAAAUUUAUCACAAUAUCUGAUAUGGAAACAGAUGUCAGGUUUGAUCUGCUCGCCCGUCUCACUCAGACAAAUAAGUACUUUCUAUUUAUAAGUUGCACAGGUGGUGUGUAGUUGGUUGUAGUAAGAACUGACUUGAUACAAAUAAUAGGGAAUCACCAUAUUGGUAUCUGAUCUAUACGUCGAGGUAUUUUACAUAACGCACAAAUUAGAAAUCCAAACUCUCUGUCAUUAUGUACAUCUUUUGAAAACGUGACUUGAAAAUAUAUAAAUUAUUUGAAAACGUGGCUUGAAAUAUUUAAAUUAUUUUCAGGAUAUCAGUCUCACUUAUGGUUUUUAACCCGUCUAGUCAACUCGCUGUCAUGACAACUGUUGGGAUUGUGGAUGUGUACAAAUAUUUGAAAUGAGGAAGAAAGAUUGUUACUAAAUACCUAAACUCACUUCCUCAAACUGACUGUUUUCAGUAUUUCCGGAUGAUUUUUCAGGUGUCUACCCAUUAACCUUUGUUAUGAAACAACAUGAAGGAUAUAUUAUUUGUUUAUCAUUGGUCAGUGUGUUAUUGUAUUUGUCUGUACAGUUAACAUACAUUUCUUUUUCUGCAAUGACACUGUCUACUUGCAUUGAAAUUAAACAUUAUCUUAGCCCACACAAUAUGCUUUGGGGAAUUGUUUCCCCUGGUUUGAUUGGUUGUGGAGGAGAUUUUGUUUUUCAGAAUAGUCUAAUUUAUCAUCUUGGUUUUGUACCUCCUGGUACAAGCAGCAACUAAAUCUAACUGAAUCAGUACAAGUAAAUAUAGUUUACCACUGAUCAAGCCAAACCUAUUAUUUCUUGUUUAACACAUGAACCAACACUAAACUUUCUUAAAUGUAGAAUAUUUAAAAAGAAAUUAAAAAAAUUGUGUUUGAUUUAAAUGAUUAAAAAUAAAUGUUUAAUUUCAUUAUCCUUUUCCACAGUUUUUUUUUCACAUGAAUAUUAAACCUCAAAUCAAUCAUUUAUAUUUUCAAAUCCACAGAACAAGAAAUUAAACAUGUCUUAGCUUGAGGCUUUAGGCAUGAAAGGUGAAAUAGGUAAAGUGAUGAAAUUAUUGCCAAGUGAACUUGUUAAUGUUGAAUCUGCAAUUAAGCCAAAAUAUUAUUGUUACUCUUUAUUUCUGAGUAUUCCUCUUUACCAAUGAUUAAGACUGCCAGUUAUGAUUACCCAGGAUUCAACAGCAGAGUUGAAGUCAGUCAGGCUCCCUUUCCACGAAGCGAUUCAGUGCAACAACAGUCGUCUGUGUUAAACCUGGGGGGUACAGUGUCCUUGGCUCUACGAUUGCUGUGUCAAACGGGGCCAAGGUGUUUAGAUUCACUUCUGUUCAUUCUGUUAAUAUGUUCACGUGACCAGGAUAACAAUGACUUGUUUUCAAGGUAAGAUCAUACCGUGCUAUAAAGAAAUAUUUUUGUACUUAAAAAUUAUAUCAGGCCUCAUCAAAGGUAGAUAACUCCUCAGAGGCAAUGGUUUACGCCUCUGUGCUUCUUUCUUGUUUCUGCCUUAAUCAUUGAGGCCUUUGUUGAAGUGUCAUUGAAUUUCAUGUUUUUCAAUACUUCCCUUAAAUAUGUACAGUGGAAGCCUUCUAAACUGGCCCGCGUUGGGACGGGGCAAAAAUGCCGGUAUAGCGGGUGUGCCGGUUUAGAGAACUUUUCCCUUUUGAACCUGAGCAAAGUAUCUGAUGUUUUUCAGCAUAUCAAGCACAACUUAUAAACCUUAGCCAUACUCCACCUCAGACCAAAUUCGAGUGCCGAUAUUGAGAACAUGCCGGUUUGGAUGGAUGCCGGUUUGGAGUGCUUCCACUGUAUAUUCUAACAUCCAGGAUAUGGAAGUCAAAUACUUCUGGUUCACUAACAUCUUUUUUUUCAUCAGCCAGAACAUAUGUUUAUAGGUGAAAGACAUCAGCACUUGUAGUAGACGGGGGUUGUAAUGAUACACUGACACACUACAUACAUACAGUGACCAGCAUGAUAUCAUCUAUUGAUAAGGGCGGUGGGGUAGCCUAGUGGUUAAAGCGUUGGCUCGUCAGAGCGAAGACCCGGGAUCGAUUCCCCACAUGGGUACAAUGUGUGAAGCACAUUUUUGGUGUCCCUCACCGCGAUAUUGCUGAAAGCUGUGUAAAACCAUACUCUCCCUUUUCUCUUGAUAUGAUAGUUGCUUGUAAAUAUGAGAAAUUGAGGACUAUGUUUUAAAUUUGAUUGUGAUUUUAUGAACAUUGUUGAACAAGUCUGCUGAUGUUGAAAGUCUGGAAGGAUCAGUCAUUAUGGUCACUGCAGUUUCUGAACUUAAACUUGAGUAAACUGUGCACUAGUUGGAUGUAGCUCAAGAUAUCUAACCCUGUAUACAACUGAUGGGGACUUUGCUUUUAACAUUUUGAUAUUAUAUUAGCUGACCAUCCAAUCAUUCCAGUGUCAAAACUUCAAGGGAAAUUGUUAAAUCUGGGGGUCCCGAUCUUAGCAUAAAUGGGGCGGUGGGUAGCCUUGUGGUUAAAGCGUUGGCUCGUCACAGCGAAGACCCGGGAUCGAUUCCUCACAUGGGUACAAUGUGUGAAGCCCAUUUCUGGUGUCUCUCACUGCAAUAUUGCUGGAAUAUUGCUGAAAGCUGUGAAAAAACAUACUCUCCCUUUUCCUUUGAUAUGAUAAAAUGCUUGUAAAUAUGAGAAAUUGAGGACUAUGUUUUAAAUUUGAUUGUGAUUUUAUGAACAUUGUUGAACAAGUCUGCUGAUGUUGAAGUCUGGAAGGAUCAGUCAUUAUGGUCACUGCAGUUUCUGAACUUAAACUCGAGUAAACUGUGCACUAGUUGGAUGUAGCUCAAGAUAUCUAACCCUGUAUACAACUGAUGGGGACUUUGCUUUUAACAUUUUGAUAUUAUAUUAGCUGACCAUCCAAUCAUUUCAGUGUCAAAUCUUCAAGGGAAAUUGUUAAAUCUGGGGGUCCCGAUCUGAACAUAAAUGGGGCGGUGGGUAGCCUUGUGGUUAAAGCACUGGCUCGUCACACCGAAGACCCGGGUUUUAUUCCUCACAUGGGUACAAUGUGUGAAGCCCAUUUCUGGUGUCCCCUGCCAUGAUAUUGCUGGAAUAUUGCUAAAAGCGGAAUACAACCACACUCACUCACUUAACAUAAAUGAAACCAACAGAUGAGGUAUUGGGUUCUAGAAUGGUAACAGACUUCCAGGAACCCAUUAACAAUUACUGAAUUUAGUUCCGUUAAGAAUUGCUCUUCGAUUCAAGUUGUCAAUCUAUUAAGGUAUGGUUACACAGUGUAUGGUUACAGCCCUCACUAGGAUCAUCAGCCAUGGUGGGAGAAUUUCUCAGAUACUGCUGUUUUCUUAUAGAUCUCAAUUCCUAACUCAUCAUUUAAUGGUCGGGGUUCAUAAAUGCACAAUUAUGACCUUAUUGACUGUCUAUUAGCCUCCCAUAAGAGCUGCUUCAAAGUCUUUGACUGAUCUUCGAGCAUUUACCUUGUGAGUGUGGCAGGACUUUCUGUUUUUUCUGUUAAAUUUGAAGUCUAUAUAUGGGCUGUAAUGCUGCUAUUGCGAAGAAUAUUUUUUUAGAGAUUUUAGUUUAUCAAAACUUAGCUUUUAAAAAAAUAUGAAUUAAGUUUAAGACUUGAUCUGUGCAACUUUCUAGUAUGUGUUUGAAAAUAAAAUCUUCGCUUUAAAAGUCAGGUAUUCUCUGUGCUAGGAGCUUUAGAUAUGUCACUGUCACACGUAACCCCUGUCUUCUUGGUGGGAGCACUCGCCAAGUCAUCCAAGGAGCAAUUUGCUGUGUGGAGUAGUGUCCCUUGGACCAUCCCUUUUGCACAGAUUGUAUUCUUCAGUUUGUCAGCACCAUACCAUCAGUUUCACCCAAGUGGUAGACAUUAGAGACCACUGUUCCUCCCACCGGGCAGUGGGGUAGCCUCAAGUGGUUAAAGCAUUAGCUCAUCAGGCCGAAGACCUGGGUUCGAUUCCCCACAUGGGUACUAUGUGUGAAGCCCAUUUCUGGUGUCCCCUGCCAUGAUAUUGCUGGAAUAUUGCUGAAAGCGGCGUAAAACCAUACUCACUCACUCCCUCUGUUCCUCCCACAUUAAGCUGACAGGGUGUUUUGGAACUGGAAUAGUGUUCAAAGGGCUGUAAAAUCCUUCUCUCUCCAGAUGCUCGAGAAUCUUUCAAUUAUUUUGUCAGCUUCAGUUCAUCUCAGUCAUAUCAGUUGGUAGUGGGAAAGGUUUUAAGAGCAAGUAGCAAUAGGUUUGCUUCUAAACUCACCAUAAAGCUGUAUGAAGUAAUUAGAUAAUCUUUACUUUGGAAUGGGAAAAUGCAUUUUUUCUUUUACGUUCAUUCAAUUUUUAAACAUUACCCCUAAACUGAGCUUGAGGCACAAAGGAAGUAAGGUGUUGGAGAAGAUGGAUUCUGAUGAAUGUACACUGUACCAAGGGGUGUGACAACAGUGUGUUACAAGGUGGAAGCACAGUAUUGUAACAGGUGCUUCCAGGAAGGUGUGUUAUAGUAUCAUGGCUACUCAAAGAGGUGACUGUUGACAAUUGUUUCUUCUUUAUGAAACAUGUCGACCUCAGCUAAGUGAAACCUUAAUUGUGUUGAAACCUUAUUUUCCAGGCUAUUCCUUUGAGGUCAUCUUAACCUCUGAUCAUUGAUUAUUUGUUAUUUCUAAGAUUUACCACUCAGAAGAAGUUAAGGCCUAAAAGUUUUUUUGUUGUGGUUCCAAUUACCCGACCGACCCUUGAAUUCUGGUGCCGACCCUAUAUUUUUUAAGAGGUAUGAAUAAAAUAAGCUUUCAGAUGCCAUUGGACAAUGGCCAUUCUGAUAGAGAAUGUUGACUUGAUGGCUGCAAGCUUGAUUGAAUAAACAAUUAUAUAGUGGUGGUCCGAUUAAUUAAAUAAUCGAAGAUUGUUUGCAAUGACUAAAC